AUGGGUGCUUUCAGGUUAACUCAACAGGAACAUAAACUUAGUUUUCUUCAUGACACUGUUGUUACUGAGUGUCAUGACUUUUCUGGAACUACAUUUGGUUUUGAGUUUGUUGAUUACCAGUCUAUCAUCUCAUUGGUCCAUCCUCAAAACACUACGAUCGAUGUUAUUGGAUUAAUCAUUGCAUUUGGUGAGAUGGUACAAGACAAUGCUGAUAUGAAAAAACACAGGCUCAACCUCCAAAUCCAAGAUGCAAAUGGUUUGCAACUGAGUGUCAAUUUGUGGGGUGAUUUUGCUUACAAAAUGCAAGGCUUUCUUGAUAACAACCCACACAAUAUUCAUAUCAUUGUUAUCAUUCAAUUUGCAAAACUUAGUAUUUGGAGAGAUUACCCCACAGUUAACACCUACUUUACCGUGUCAAAGUUGUUCAUUAACACUGACAUUGAUGAAAUCAAUGAUUUUAAGAAAAGUUUGGAUGGAGAUGAUCGCCCGGAUUCAUCCAUGAAUACCAUCACACUUAUGAAGUCUAAUAAGGUUUCUGAACAUGAUGAUUUCAUGGUUAAGUUUCAGUUGAAGACUAUUGCUGAUGUUUCUGAACCUGUGGAAAAAAAUACAUUCAUUAUCGUGGGCACUAUAAAGGGAAUUUUACAAAAUGAACCAUGGCAUUAUUUGGCAUGUACAAAUUGCAACUACAGAGCAUUUCGGCCUCCUGGUGCAGACGAUCAACCUGAUGGAAAUGGUUUAAUUGGAGCAACUAAUGGUUAUGAAUGUCAUAAUAAGGACUGCAAAAAAACUGAAACUUCAGUUAUUCCGAGAUUUAUGAUUCUGAUACGUGUGCAAGACAAUACUGGUACUGUUACCUUAACCAUGUUUGAAAGAGAUGGAAAGUAUCUUUUGAAGAAAUCAGCCAAUGAACUGUUUAAAAAAGCAGUGCAGCUUGGUUUUGGUACUGCUUUUUAUCCCGGAGAGAUAAAUGCACUGAAAGGUUUGAAGUUGGCUUUUAAAAUAUCAAUCAAAAACUUCAACAUCUCAAAAAAGAACAACCAAUACAGUAUAUGUAGAGUCAGUGAUGAUGAAAAGUUGAUUGAAGAACUGGAAAAUAAGUUUACUGCUUCCCAGGUUGGUAAUUCACAGUCAUUUGAUAUUGGUGAAUCUGAUUUUGAAACACAAAAUAAUAAGACUUUGAAGGAUCAAAUUUCUGGAACAGGCGACAACAUAACACCUUCCACAGUUGAUAAAAACUCAGCAACAAGUCCCAUGAAGAGUUUCAAUACACAAACAGUUUUGAAGAGAAAUUUGGAAGAAGUAUUUGAUUUGGAGUUGAAUGAAAAGUUAUCAUCAUCAAAAACUCCAAAAAUUUCACCAGACGGACGCAUUAACGAGAUUGUGAACGUCAAGUUGGAAAAAAAUGGCUGAGUUAUUAUUUUAAUUUGAAGUUUCAUAAGGUAGUGAACCAUGGCUUUUAAACAAUAUUUAUGCAUUUUAUUUUUCAUUCGGUACUUUGAUAUUAUUGUUUGGAGGUUUUAAACAUUUGUUGGGGAUGAUUGUUUUUUAAUGGUAUGUUUAUCGUGCAUUUUUAAUAUUUUAUGAAUUUAUAAUUUAGAAAUUA